AUGGCCACACAAGUCAACGAGAAGUCGGAAUACAACGACUUUCCCAACGAGAAGCCCACUUCCCUUAAUGGCGUCGAGAAUACGAUUGACCUCCAUGACGAGGAGGAUGAGUUCAUUGACGAGCCUAAGCAGUUUACUGUUCGUGCGGUCCUUGUCGGAUCUGUCUUGGGUCUUGUAGUCGCUGCCAGCAACAUGUACACGGGUCUCAAGGCCGGAUGGACCUUCGGAGCAGCUUUGUGGGGCUCCAUCUUUGGUUUCUUGCUCUUGAAGCUCUUGACUCGUUUCACCGGUGGUAUUUUUGGCCCCAAGGAGAACACUGUCUGCCAGACUGCCGCAACCGCUGCCGGAGGACUCUCUGCUGGAUUCGUCACUGCCAUUCCUGCCAUGUAUCGUAUGGGUCUUAUGGGCGAUAGACACCCCAGGGAUGAUGUCGUUGCGCUGUUGCUCUGGUCCACCUGCUCGGCCUUCUUUGGCAUGUUCUUCGCCGUCCCUCUCCGCACCCACUUUGUCAUCAACCAAAACCUGGUCUUCCCUACCCCCCGCGCUGCUGCUGAGACCAUUAAGAGUUUGCAUAGAGCCGGCUCAACCGCCGCCAAGGAUGCUAAGGAAUCCGGCAUCGUCAUGGGAGCAUCGUUCCUCAUUUCGAUGGUCUGGGGCACCCUCGCUCAUUUCGUUCCUGGUCUCUUGGGUGAUCUUCACAUUCUCUACUAUAUGGGCAAGUCCGCUGCUAAUGGGGCCCUCAUGAACGCCGAUAAAAUAUGGGGAUGGUACUUUUCUUGGGACUUUGCCUUCUUUGGUGCUGGUUUGAUGACCCCUGGAAGUACCGUUUUCUCGUUCGUGGCUGGAUCUAUCACUGCCUUCGGAAUUGCUGGACCCAUGAUGACUGAUGCGGGCUACCUGUGGGGCAAAACCGGCUUCGAUCGCGCAAAAGACGCACCGAAUGCACCCAUUACAACCGUUGCCUCUGCCCAGUCCUGGUUCAUCUGGCCCGGUAUUGCCAUGAUGGUCUUUUCUGCAUUUUCGGAACUCGGUAUCAACUGGCGUUCUAUCUACUUCUCGCUCCAGGUCGUCGGUCGUGAAGGUCGCAACCUUAUCCGCAAGCUGAGCAAGAAGGAAGCCCUGGCUGUCGACGCAGCUGCCCCGGUCUCCAAGGACACCACCCCUGAGCAAGAGCUGAUCCCUACCUCCUGGUGGGUUAGUGGUCUGCUUGUUUCGACUCUCUUUACCAUCUUGGUCAUGUAUUUCAACUUCCAGGUCCCCGUGUACGCCAGUAUCGGAGUGGUCCUUUUGUCCUUCCUCCUUGCCUUUGUCGGUCUCCAGUCCACCGGUGAGACAGACAUCAACCCCACCGGCGCUAUUGGUAAGGUCACUCAGCUGGUCUUCGCCCGCAUCCCAAACCCCGACAUCCAGAUCGUCCAGAAGACAAACUUGAUGUGUGCCAACAUUGCUGCUGCUGCUUGCUCUCAGGCUGUCGACAUGGUUUCCGAUCUCAAGACCGCUCAACUGACCAAGGCCUCGCCCCGCGCCAUGUUGGGAGCCCAGAUUGUCGGUUCUGUCUUCGCCAUUGCCAUUGCCAUCCCCUUGUUCUUACUCUACGCCGGCGCCUACCCUUGCAUUCUGAUGGAAUUGCCCGACGGCGUGAAGUGCCAAUUCCCCACCCCUUCCGUCAUUGCCUGGGCUAACACGUGCAAGCUUUUGACUGGCGGUGGCACGAUUCCCAAGGAAUCUAUGAUCGCAACCAUCGUUCUUGGCCUACUGGCCGUUCUUAACGUCCUCAUCCGUGUCAAGUUCGUACCCGACGCGUGGAAGCCUUACUGGCCCAACUUGAACGCCUUUGGUCUUGGUUUCGUCAACGUCGGAGUCGCCACUCCUUGCUGCAUGCUCGUCGGUUGGGUUGCCGGUCAGUUGUGGUUGAAGUUUGGCAAGGCCUCGCACGGCCGCUUGAUGUACUCUGUCUCCGCCGGUCUGAUCUCUGGUAUCGGUAUCGCUGGUGUGAUCAAGGCUGCUCUCACUGUCGGCGGCGUUGAUGGCGGAAGCGUCCUUGUUGGCUGUGGUAUUGGGGGAGAAUUGUGUUAA